GUGCCCCCCCCAAAAGGCUGGUCCCUUUCUCCUUCCUUCGGUGACGCUGCUGGCCAAAGCGAGGGAUCGUGUCCCUCUGCCUUCCUACAGGAUUUUCCGUUCCUACUGUGUGGAUUUGGCUUAGUUCUCAUCCAGCCUCGGCAGCCAUGUCUCGGCCUCUGACCGACCAGGAGAAGAGGAAGCAGAUCAGCAUCCGUGGCAUCGUGGGCGUGGAGAACGUGGCCGAGCUGAAGAAGGGCUUCAACCGGCACCUCCACUUCACGCUGGUGAAGGACCGCAAUGUGGCCACCCCCCGGGACUACUAUUUUGCCCUGGCCCACACCGUGCGGGACCACCUGGUGGGCAGAUGGAUCCGCACCCAGCAGUACUACUACGAGAGAGAUCCGAAGAGAAUUUACUACCUUUCCUUAGAGUUCUACAUGGGCCGGACUCUGCAGAACACCAUGAUAAACCUUGGAUUGCAGAACGCCUGCGAUGAGGCCAUUUAUCAGCUGGGACUGGACAUAGAAGAGUUAGAGGAAAUUGAAGAAGAUGCCGGCCUGGGGAACGGAGGUCUAGGCAGACUUGCAGCCUGCUUCUUAGACUCCAUGGCCACCCUUGGCCUCGCAGCCUACGGUUAUGGGAUACGUUACGAGUAUGGGAUCUUCAACCAGAAAAUCAGAGAAGGGUGGCAGGUGGAAGAAGCCGAUGAUUGGCUGAGACAUGGGAACCCAUGGGAGAAAGCCCGGCCUGAGUACAUGCUUCCCAUUCAUUUCUAUGGGAGAGUGGAGCACACCCAGACGGGUGUGAGAUGGGUAGACACACAGGUGGUCCUGGCUCUCCCUUACGACACGCCGAUACCUGGCUAUAUGAACAACACGGUCAACACCAUGAGGCUCUGGUCUGCUCGAGCCCCCAAUGAUUUCAACCUCCGUGACUUUAAUGUCGGUGAUUACAUUCAGGCAGUACUGGACAGAAACCUGGCAGAAAACAUCUCCCGUGUUUUGUAUCCAAAUGAUAAUUUUUUCGAGGGGAAAGAGUUGCGCCUGAAGCAGGAAUACUUUGUGGUUGCCGCCACCCUCCAGGACAUCAUCCGUCGGUUCAAAGCCUCCAAAUUUGGGAGUACUGAAAGUGUCCGGACGGCUUUUGAUUCCUUCCCAGACCAGGUUGCCAUCCAGCUGAACGACACCCACCCUUCCUUGGCCAUUCCGGAGCUGAUGAGAGUGUUCCUGGAUAUCGAAAAGCUGCCGUGGGAGAAGGCCUGGGACAUCACCACGCGAACCUUUGCCUACACAAACCAUACGGUUCUCCCUGAAGCCCUUGAGCGCUGGCCUGUUGAUUUGGUAGAGAAGCUGCUCCCCAGACACCUCCAGAUUAUCUACGAGAUCAACCAAAGGCACCUGGAUAGAAUCGCCGCGCUCUUUCCGAAGGACGUCGAGCGCAUCCGGCGGAUGUCCCUGAUCGAGGAGGAAGGAGUCAAGCGCAUCAACAUGGCUCACCUCUGCAUCGUGGGCUCCCAUGCCGUGAACGGGGUGGCGAAAAUCCACUCGGAUAUCAUCAAGUCCCAAGUGUUCAAGGACUUUGCUGAGGUGGAGCCAGAGAAGUUUCAGAAUAAAACCAACGGCAUUACCCCUCGGCGCUGGCUCCUGCUUUGCAACCCAGGACUGGCAGAACUGAUUGCAGAGAAAAUAGGAGAGGACUAUGUGAAGGAUCUGAGCCAGCUGACCAGGUUGCACCGCUACGCGAACGAUGAGCUGUUCAUUCGGGAAGUGGCCAAAGUGAAGCAGGAAAAUAAGGUCAAGUUUGGCCAGUAUCUGGAGAGGGAAUACAAGGUGAAGAUCAACCCAGCUUCCAUGUUCGACGUGCAGGUGAAGAGGAUUCACGAAUACAAGCGGCAGCUCAUGAACUGCCUCCACAUCAUCACCAUGUACAACCGCAUCAAGAGAGACCCCAAUAAGCUGUUUGUACCCAGGACAGUGAUAAUUGGCGGCAAGGCUGCUCCUGGCUACCACAUGGCGAAGAUGAUUAUCAAGCUGAUCACCUCCGUGGGCCACGUGGUGAACAACGACCCCGUGAUCGGGAACAAGCUGAAGGUUAUUUUCCUGGAGAAUUACAGGGUCUCCCUCGCUGAGAAAGUGAUUCCAGCCACAGAUUUAUCGGAGCAGAUUUCCACGGCGGGCACCGAAGCCUCGGGGACCGGCAACAUGAAGUUCAUGCUCAACGGGGCUCUGACCAUCGGGACCAUGGAUGGCGCCAACGUCGAGAUGGCAGAAGAAGCUGGAGAGGAGAACCUUUUCAUCUUUGGCAUGAGGGUGGAGGACGUGGCAGAGCUGGACCGGAGAGGGUAUGUUGCUCAAGAGUAUUACGACCGGCUUCCGGAGCUGAAGCAGGUGAUUGACCAGAUCCGGAGUGGCUUCUUUUCCCCCAAAGAACCGGACCUGUUCCGAGAUGUGAUCAACAUGUUAUUCUUCAAUGACCGGUUUAAAGUCUUUGCCGACUACGAAGCGUAUGUCAAGUGUCAAGAGAAAGUCAGCCAGCUGUACAUGAACUCCAAGGAGUGGACCAAAAUGGUGAUUCGAAACAUUGCCGCUUCUGGAAAGUUCUCCAGCGACCGGACCAUCAAGGAGUAUGCCCGGGACAUCUGGAAGGUGGAGCCUUCGGACCUGAAGAUCCCGCCCCCCAAUGUCCCCCGGGAUGUCGCUGACGAGAUGCUGGCCAAUGAGAUGGCGGACAAGAUGCACGUGUGAAUCUUUCAAACUAAAGUUUUCCUUUAGUGCGCUGCACUGUAUGUGUGAUGGGAACUGCAGCCCCAUCACUGUCUAGCAAAUAACAGUAGUCUAAAAAUCAAAGGGCGGUUUUUCUCUCUCCCCCCUCCCCGCCCAGCUUUUAAAUAGCGAGACGGAUCCGAGUACUUUGUGAACUCUCCGAAAAGUGCAAAUCAGGUAGGAUAGGUGCAAUUUUUU